AUCGCGUCUAGAUGAGACACGAUAUAUCGAUCCCCGAGCAAUCGAUUUUAACUUGCCGAUACGGCGGGUAGUCUGGAGGUAGCCUCUGAAACUGACUUUGGGCCCCUGCCUGGAAGCCGCAAAACCCGACAAAGACCCGCCCUCGGUUUGGGGGAGGGGCGCAGACGCAAGCUUCCGCGCAAGCGCAGCACUUUCCUUGCAGCCAAUGGCAAAUCAGCGCUGUACAAACUAUUUCAUGUUUCUGACCUUCUCCAAAUGGCGGUGUCGCCAGCCCAAUUAGAUAUGUCGAGCUGCCGAGGGAGGCCCUCUCCUUCUUCAGUGGCGGUUCUGCCCGCACUGGGGCACGCCUCCGCCCACAUCUCAGGACCUUCCUUCAACUGCCACCGAUUGCCUCUGACCUUCUUGUAAUGGCGGCUGUGCAGCGCAGUACUCUCCCCAUUCCUCACCGUCCCAUUAUGGCGCUUCCUCGGGAGCGCUAUUCUGCCUAUUCCAUGAGCUUCGGUCAAUGGCUGCUCAGUGCGCGCGCGCGCGCAUUUCAGGGUAACCUGGAAUUUCUGCUUAUGGCAGAAAUGUCUCCACGGGGCAUAUGAAAAUACAAAACGCGUCCUUUCUGCACCCUCUUUGACCCCAUGACCUCCAAUGGCCGUGCAGUCUGCGCAGGAAUAUGACGUCUCCGGAUUGUCGACUUUUUCCUGCAGUGGCUCAGUUCGUGUCGUCACGUCUGGGUUGAAUCCCUCCAGAUUCCGAAUAGGUGACCAAGAGUUUGAUUCAUUACCAUCUUUACUGGAAUUCUACAAAAUACAUUAUUUGGACACUACAACCUUGAUAGAACCUGUUUCCAAAUCCAAGCAGAAUAGUGGAGUUAUAUUGAGGCAGGAAGAAGCUGAAUAUGUGCGAGCUCUCUUUGACUUUAAUGGAAAUGAUGAGGAAGAUCUUCCAUUUAAGAAAGGAGACAUACUGAGAAUCCGGGAUAAGCCUGAAGAGCAAUGGUGGAAUGCAGAAGACAGCGAUGGAAAGAGGGGAAUGAUACCUGUUCCUUACGUGGAGAAGUAUAGACCUUCCUCUGCUUCAGUAUCUACUCUGAUUGGAGGUAACCAGGAUAGUUCCCACCCACAGCCACUGGGAGGGCCGGAGCCAGGGCCCUAUGCCCAACCCAGCAUCAACACUCCGCUCCCUAACCUUCAGAAUGGCCCUAUUUAUGCCCGGGUUAUCCAGAAGCGAGUCCCUAAUGCCUACGACAAGACAGCCUUGGCUUUGGAGGUCGGUGAGCUGGUCAAGGUCACAAAGAUUAAUGUGAGUGGUCAAUGGGAAGGAGAGUGUAAUGGUAAACGUGGUCACUUUCCAUUCACGCAUGUCCGCCUGCUGGACCAACAGAAUCCUGAUGAGGACUUCAGCUGAGUGUGGCUCAACAGUUUUGCUUACAGAUGGGAACAGUCUGUCUGUGUUUCACUGCAGCUGCCAUUUAGACUGUGUUCCUACAGAUGUCGAAAGGAGUAUUGCUUAUACAAGCAUUCUGAUACCUGCAACCCCCUGGGACUGAACACCACCUUUCCUUAAUCAAGACUCGUGUUAUUCAGGGUACGAAACUAGAUAACCUGUGUGUCAAGUGGCAGAACUAGUACAUGACUGUAGGUUGUAAUGCCUGCAUAUGUUCAUGUGCAAAGCAUACCGUACCUUACCUGCAGCAGCAGGUGGAGAAAGCAGCAAUACAUCUGUUGAUUAGAGUUUUUAGGUUUCUCCAGUCUCAUUGCUUAUGUUGCUGCUUCCACGGGCAAUGCAAAUCAACCUUAGAAAAUUCAACAUAUGGGUAGGAAUUUCACAAACAGUUAAUUCUGGAGCUUUUGCCUUUGUUUUCGUUCUAACUUUCUUUGCCCUAACAAGUCUACAUAAUGUUUUGCACCAUGCAAAUAAUCUUUUUAGAUGUAGAAUAUACAUUGGGAUAGCUUUAUGACUUACAGAUAUCUAACACUUCAAUAGUAAAUAAGAAAUCAGAUCCUCCUCCACGUCUUCAGAUGAGUUUGAGGACACUAGAGAUUGGUUUCUUCAGUACUGUUGCUUCAAACUUUGCUAGUAGCUAAUUUAACUUCAAGUUGAGAUGUUAUAUUAACACAUCCUGAUAUUUUUUACCCACAAAUACGUGUUUUAAGGAAUUGUAGACCCCCAUACCAGUGCUGACAAAUGUGUGCAUAGCACUUUUUUCAUUAAUUCAUAGCUUCAAGGUAGUAUUUGAUUCAUAAGUGUAAUAAAAUAUGCAGCAUUGCUCUGAAAAAGUGACACAGAGCACAUUAGCCAGUUGUAAAAGAGAAAAUUAAAUUACAUUGGGACAGUUUCAUAACUCCUUUAUCCUUAGUGAAUAAUCUUAGUCAUUGGCUAAAGUAAAUCAGUGUCAAAUAUCUUGAACGAACAAAACUAAACAUUACCUUUAUUUUAAAAUAACUUUUGGGACUGCUCUGCUUGUUUCCAUCUGUAAAGCAUUUGAUAGUGAAUUAAUGAGAAGAUUUUAUUUGUAAUAAACUAAUAGAAAUACUUGUGUGCUUCUGGACUGAUUAUAAAAAGGCAUAAUAGAGUAUACUACUUCAUAGCAAAUGAUAAAAAUCAGUGCAUUGGCUAGGUUAUAUUAUGCACUAUUUGAAUGUUCAACUUUUUCUACUAAUCCUUAUCUGAUUGUCUUUAACAUUAAAAUCAGAAUGGAUACAGUAAGGUUUGUAAAUUAAAACAGUGAUGUAACUAUCCCUUGACUGUAUCUUAAAUUCAGUUCUCCAAAUACAGCAGUCUUGUGACCAAUAUAUUCAAAGUUAUUUUGUAUCAUUUGUGGCUACAUUGUAAACAGGAUUUUUCUAAAUGGUAUAAAAUUGAAACAUCUUGGACAUGUACAAGUAGUUAAAUACCACUAGAAUGUCUCUGAACAGUUGUAAAUGCUUCAAGGGCUAGUUUCCACCACACAGGCUACUGCUGAGAGGCAUGGUUUCCAUAAAAUAGGAUAUUAUUAAAUUUUACCUCAAAACUAUUACAUACUGGAAACAGUAAUACUUUUCCUUUAUCGGUUACAUAGUUGCUUUAUGUUAGAACUAAUUGAUCAGUAUGUCUGUUCAAUUUUCAGGUAGUGGGGACAGAUUACCAUAGAGAAAUCCUAACAAUGAUUUUUUUAAAAAGUACUACUAAACCCUCUGUAGAAAACUUACAACUCAUCUAUUUUUGUGCUAAUUACUUGACGGACAGAAGUAAUUAAGUGACUGCAUUUCUAAUCUAAUUUGAAUUGAUACUGUGCUUCUAAGUUAGUGCUGAAUGUGCUUAAAAAUGCUUAAAGAUAAACUAAUAAUGGGCUGGUAAAAUGUUAGUUUCUUUACAGCUAAUUCAUACUUUUUUCCCGGACCUUGCUACCUAAAGGAAUUGAAUACUUGAUACAAGUAGUCUCUAAAUACGAUAUCUAUACAUAUAGAUUAAUUGCUGAUAGAUGCAUAUAUUUUUCUUCACAUAUCGCAAAAGAAGCAUAAAUAAAGGAGAGACAUGUUCAAUAUUCUCAGUAAGGCAAUACAAUUUAGUCAACUUCAGCUGAUUCUUCCAAUCGUAAUUAAAUCAUCCUGCAUAUCCAUAGUCAUGUCUACAAGAUUCCAUUCCCCAACUUUUGUAGGUAAGGUUCCUUUAAGAAAAUGUGAUUUUUGGUAUGCAAGUUAUUUUUUAAUAUGGAGGGGAUAUAAGGAAAUUUUAAUUGCUAAAUAAAUGCCCUAUACACUCAUUUAAACUAAAAAUACAAAUGUAUUAUUAUGUAGCUGUGUUUUUGUGAAGACCAUAUAAUUGCAAAUACUUUACUUUUAUUAUAGACUUUGACAGAGCAGAAAAACAAUCAUCCCUACAAAAGUCUUAAUACCUGCUGUUAUUCUAGAAGCAUAAGUUCUUGUGAAACAGAUUUUCUCAGCCCCCACUAUACUAAUUACUAAAUUUUCAGAUGAAAUAUGUUUGUUCAUCAGAUAUAGGCCUACAGGAUACGACGGCAUUUGUACAAGAUACUGAUUCAACCUAUCUCAUCAAUGUCUUAAAGCAGGAUAGAUAAAACUAAAUAAUUCAUAAAUAUGUAGAUGGAAUCGUCUUGUGGCCUUUGUUCCCUCUUUUGCACACCCCCCUACUCUCCAAAAACCCAGACUCAUUAGUAAGAAUGUUAGAAGUCAUACAAGUUUUAGUUGUUUUGUCAGUGUUUGGGUUUAUUGUGCAUAGGCAGGUGCUAGAACGAGAAUACUAAUGGUUUCUAGAAAUACACCAUGAAAAGUAGUACGCUCAACUACACCGUGUUCUCCUAGUGCAUUUACAUGUUAUAUCACACUAAACGAAGUACAACUUGGCUGCUAUGUUUUUUUAAUGUAUAUUUCAUUUCUGUAAAACCCAGACUUUUAUACUAAUAUAUGACCUGGUUAAUCUGUUUCAAUUGUAUUUGUUAAUGCAAAUAUUUCUAAUCAUUUGAGUAAAAACACUUCAUGUUCUUAAUGGUUUGGGGGGAAAGAUGCUAAACAAACCAAUUUGAAGUAAAAAUAUAUGAACGUGCCAUUGUAUUAUAACACUAUACACUUUCUUGACAGUUAAAAUCUACUUUUUUAUUUUUUGUAGCAUGUAAUGUAUAUGUUCAUAGUAUGUGAAAUAAAUAAAAAAUAUAGU